GCUAGAGGGCGGCGGCGAAGGAAGCAGCAGCAGCAGGCGCUGGAGCUGGAGCAGGAGCUGGAGCAGGAGGAUCCGGCCUGCCCGGCGGCCAGCAUGGACUGGGGCGUGGAGCUUUGGGAUCAGUUUGACACCAUCGAGCGCCACACGCAAUGGGGCCUGGACUUAAUGGACAAAUAUGUCAAGUUUGUGAAGGAGCGGACGGAGAUCGAACAGACGUACGCCAAGCAGCUGAGGAAUUUAGUAAAAAAGCAUCUUCCCAAGAGGACGUCGCGGGAAGACCCGGAGUCAAAGUUCUGCCAGUACCAGGCCUUCCUGCAAGUGGUGCGGGAACUGAACGACUUUGCCGGCCAGCGUGAGAUCGUAGCAGAGAACCUCCUGACGCGGAUAUGUGUGGAGCUGGCCAAGUACUCUCAGGAGCUGAAGCAGGAGAAGAAAUCGCACUUGCAAGAGGGCAGAAGGGCUCAGCAGCAGCUGGAGAAUUCCUUCAAGCAACUUGAAAAUAGCAAACGCAGAUUCGAGCGCGACUGCAGGGAAGCCGAGAAAGCGGUUCUGACGGCUGAAAAACUCGAUCAGGACAUCAACGCUACCAAGGCAGAUGUGGAAAAGGCUAAACAGCAGGCCCAUUUGCGUAGCCACAUGGCUGAGGAGAGCAAGAACGAGUACGCUUCCUGCUUGCAGAAAUUCAACCGCAACCAGAGCCAGUUCUACUUCCUGGAGAUGCCACAGAUCUUCAGCAAGCUGCAGGAGAUGGAUGAGCGGCGGGUGCAGCGGCUCAAGGAAGGCUACGGCAUCUUCUCCGAGACGGAGCAGCAGGUGGUGCCCAUCAUCGGCAAGUGCCUGGAGGGCAUGAAGGCGGCGGCGGACUUGGUUGAUGAGAAGAAUGACUCGCAGAUGUUGGUAGAACUCCACAAAUCAGGCUUCGAGAGGCCGGGAGACCUGGAGUUCGAAGACUUCAGCCAGCCCAUGAACCGCACCUCCUCUGACAGCAGCUUGGGGACCCCCCGCGGCACCCUCGACGGCCGGCUGGACCCCCGCCUGCUGGGCAAGAACAAGGCGAAGCGCUGGCCCUUCAGCAGGAAAAACAAGCUCCCUCCCUCCCCUCCCCUCUCCCCCUUAAAUUGCCCCUCCUUGUCGUCUCCUUCCCCCUCCUCUUCCGCCAUCAAUGGACCUCCGUCCCCCAAAUUCACCCGUGACCCCCUGUCUUACUGUUUGAACGAGAUCAAUAAAACAGUCAAACCCCGCAUCACGUCUUUCCGCAGCCUCCGACGGGGGACGGUCAUCACAGAAGACUUCAGCCACCUGCCUCCCGAGCAGAGGAGGAAAAAAUUGCAGCAGAAGAUCAAAGAGAGGAACCGGGAGCUGCAGAAGGAGCUCGAUCAGAGGGACGCCUUAAAUAAGAUGAAGGAUGUUUAUCAGAAGACCCCCCAGAUGGGGGACCCCAGUAGCCUGGAGCCAAAGAUCUCGGAGACCCUGGGCAACAUUGAGCGGCUGCAUGUGGAGAUCCAGAAGUAUGAAGCUUGGCUGGCAGACGCCGAGGGCAGGAUGCUGAACAACCGCUCAGACACAAUCACGCGGUAUAACCGCCACCUGGAUCACGCCAGCACCUUGAACAACAACAACUGUUCGCACGAGAAGGACAGCCCAGACACCACCGUCUCUGAGGAGAGCCAAGAUACACUCAACCAGCCCAUCUACACGGAGUUUGACGAGGACUUUGAGGAGGACCCAGCCUCUCCAGUCGGCACCUGUGUGGCCUUGUACCAGUUUGAAGGUUCCAGCGAGGGCACUAUCUCCGUGCAGGAAGGCGAGGAACUCAGCCUGAUGGAAGAAGACAAAGGGGACGGCUGGACCCGCGUCCGGCGAAGCAAAGGGGGCGAGGGCUACGUCCCCACCUCCUACCUGCGCGUCAGCCUCAACUGAGUGGCGGGGGGUGGGCCGGGGAGGGAGGGAAGUGCAGGUGGCACUCUGAAAGCGGCAGCAUGGACAUCGCCAACCGGCCGGGGGGGUGGGAGGAGUGGCAGAAGAGGGGGGCAGCGCUUUGGCUGACUCAAUCCCCGCUGCGUGGGGGGGUGGGGGACUGCUGCUGCAGGGAGGGGUGCGUGCGAGAGAAGAGAAUUGUCUUCCUCAGGAAAGAGCGCGGAUUAGCGCAGAAGUUGGCCUCAUCCUGCUAGGCACCCGGCUAGUAGUAAUUCUUCUGCACAAGCUUUUGACAUAAGCACGGCCGUUGUCCCCGGAGAACGGCUCACUGGCCAAAAGGAGUGAAGAGCAUCUCUUCUUCUUUCGCCACGACUUUUCGAAACACUUGUGCGGACAAAAAGGGGUGCGCCACCUCUGCUCACUCUAGAACAGGGGGGGGGGGAUAUCAGCCAUUGUGCAGGGCCUCCCCCCACCCCCAAGAAAGAGAUCUCCUUCCUGCCCGGAAAGCACAGGCUACCUCCCUCUUCAAUGCUGCGUUCAGCAUUCUGUGCCCUUACCCAGAGUGCACCUGGGUGUUGUGUCCCUGAGGGCCAGCCAGGUGGGUACUUGGGCCUUGCACCCCGUGCCACUGCUGCUAUGCCCGCCUCUCGCUCUCCUCUCGAAAGGGAGAGGAGCCGCCUCAGUGCCAAGUCUGGCUCCAAACGGACCCCCCCCCCCCCCCCGAAUUCUCUGUCCUCGAAAUGCACUUUAUUUGGCCUGGAUUCGACGAAUCUGGGGCCCACUCCGCCAUUUUGAAAAGUGCCUGCUUAUCUCAAGUUCCUUUCCUCGUGGCCUUUGCAAGCCGGAGACGUCUGGCGUGCUGUGCAACCCCCCCCCCCACUUCCACAGUUUCUCAGCCCCCCCCCUCCCUCCCAACCUCUGUGUAUUUUGUGUGGUUUCUUUAAAAAAAAAUACUAAUGUAUUAGCCUUUUUUAUACAUCGACCACUUUAUUUUACUACUCGGUUUAGCUUAUGGACUGGCGUAACCUGUGUGCACCUGUAGCCCUUCCCCAGUGGCGGAAGGGGGAGGGGAGGCCCUGAGCGACUUUCUCUCAAGAUGUAGAAUGUAUUUCCAGGCCUGCCUGGGGCCUUUUUACACAGCCUUCUGUACAUAGUCGAUAAAAGUUAGCCGAUGGGGUUCGCCUCUGCUGA